AUAUCUCUUUCGCAUUUCACCAUCACGAUCCAUUUCAUUUCACACCUUAACGUUCUAAGCAAAACCCUUCGUUUCUCUUUUCUUCAAAAACGGCCAUGACUUCCACCAUGACCGAACUCGAACAAGAAGAGUUGCUUCAUAAUUCAGAAGUCUUCAAGAUCAAAGGAAGAGACAAGCAUGGCCGCAAGAUCCUCCGCAUUAUCGGAAAAUUCUUCCCUGCUCGUUUGGUUAGCGUUGAUGUUCUGAAGAAUUAUCUGGAAGAAAGGAUUUUCCCGAAACUAGGGACGAAGAAAUUCGCGAUACUUUAUAUUCACACCGAUGUUCAGAGGAGCGAGAAUUUUCCCGGAAUCUCUUCUCUCCGAUCAAUUUACGACGCGAUUCCGGCGAACGUGAAAGAGAAUUUAGAAGCGGUUUAUUUCAUUCAUCCCGGUUUACAGGCUCGGCUUUUUCUCGCUACGUUCGGCCGUUUUCUUUUCAACGCUGGGUUGUACGGGAAGUUAAGGUACGUAAGCAGGAUUGGUUAUCUAUGGGAGAACUUGAGGAGGAACGAAAUUGUGAUUCCGGAGUUCGUGUAUGAUCAUGAUGAAGAUUUGGAGUAUCGUCCGAUGAUGGAUUACGGAUUAGAGAGUGAUCACGCUAGGGUUUACGAUACUGCACCUGCACUAGAUUCGCCCUUCACCAGUUACUCCAUGAGGUGUAUAUCAUAGGGUCUAGUUGAUCCUCUGUUUUAUUUUAAAAAACUUUUUGAGGGUUGGGUUUGGUAUGUAGUGUGCACUGUUCAGGAUUUGGGUUCAUUGUAGGCCGUUUGAUCUUUAUCCAAUAUCACCGAUUUCGUGAUUGCAUCGUGAUUUAGCUCAGUGAAUAUGAAUCUUGUAGUGAAACAGAACUUUCAAUUAGUUAUGGCGGGCCAUAUAGAUAUGUGGAUAUAUUAUUGAGAUAUAGUACUGUGUAGAAAGAAAAAGAGAGAGGACGUAAAGAAUAAUUGUUUUUUUUCUUUUCUUUAGGUCUUGUCAUAUUUUCUUUUGAAGUUUUUUAACGUGGUGUUGUCGACAUCUUGUUAAUUACUCAGUUAUGGAAGGCCGUUUUCGUUAUUUGGUUGGAUAAUUAAGUGAUAUUCAUCA